AUGGAUCAAAUUUUCGCGAAGGAGGACCCCAUUUUCAACAACGACGUGUUGUACAUGAAGAGUUUAAUCGGCAAAAGUGUUAAUAUCGAGACUGUUGAUAAGUGCACCCACGUGGGGGUUGUGUAUGUGGUGGAUCCGGUGUACAAAACAGUUGUUUUGCUUAACAAAAGCACAAAAAGCCUAGAAUUUGUGUUAUACCCCGCUAUUAAGUCGUUUAACGUGGUUUCGGAUGUUCAAAAUGACGAAUUGCUUCAAACUCCGACCAAAUUAUUAAAUUCGGAAGAGUCCCUCCAUUUGAAAAUGAAGCUUAUGAAGUGGUUGAAAUUGCUGAUGAUUAAUGUGAGAGAAGAUGGGGAACUGUUGAAGGUUGAUGAACAUUUGUCGAUAGGGCCCCCUUAUGGGGCGGAUGACUGUAUGUGUGACAAUACGAUUGUGUUGGAAAGGAUAAGGAAAAUAAUAGGUUUGAUGCCCCCAGAGUUUGAAUGA